AUGGAGGAAAGCCUUCCUCCAGGUUUCAGAUUCCAUCCAACUGAUGAUGAGCUCGUCUCCUUCUAUCUCACUCACAAGAUCGCGGACACGAGCUUCACUUGCAAAGCCAUGGUUGAUGUUGAUCUCAACAAGAACGAACCUUGGGAUCUUCCAGGCACAUGCACAGGGAAAGCGUCGAUGGGAGAGAAGGAGUGGUACUUCUUCAGCUUAAGAGAUCGGAAGUACCCGACCGGGCUGCGAACCAACCGAGCAACGGAGGCUGGGUACUGGAAGACGACGGGGAAGGACAAGGAGAUCUUCUCUGCCUCUGCAACUGCAACUGCAACGUCCGGGAUGAAGAAAACCCUCGUUUUCUACAAAGGCAGAGCUCCAAGAGGGGAGAAGACCAACUGGGUUAUGCAUGAAUAUCGCCUCCAUAACAGACAUAGAUACAAAUCCGCCAAGGUACGUACGUGCAUGCAGGAAGAAUGGGUGGUUUGUAGGGUUUUCGAGAAGAGCUCAUCAUCAUCAGCCAAAAAACCACAACAGGCAUCAUCAUCCCAACACGACUCCUUGGCCUCUCCCUCUCCCUCUCCCUGCCACGACACAAACAUCGAGUUCGGAGACAUGGAUUUCUCCCAUCUAAACGGAAACAACGCCGCCUUCUCCUCAUCUAGCGGCGGCUACAACGACGCCGCUUCACCUAACUACAACCACAACGCCAUCAAUAUUCACCAUCUUCUUCAUCAUCGUGAUCGUGACCACGACCACAACAACAACCACAGCAAUAAUAAUAAUAAUAAUAAUAAUGCUCUCCUACACAUGAGCGCCAUGAAUCAAGCUCCCUCGUUGCUCAGUUCACUCCUCCCCUGGCCCGCUAACUCUGCUUCCAACUUGCUCGGCGGCGCCUCCAACCUCGCCAUGAAUUCAUUGCUUCUCAAGGCAUUUCAGCUCAGGAGUUACCAACAAAGAGAAGCCGCCGCCGCCGCCGCUGCCGAUUAUCACCAUCACCAUCAACAACAGCAACAGCACCUUGGCGUUGGAGUUGGAGUGGAUCAGCAUGAUCAAUAUCUCCAAGGAUCUCCAUCUGCUUCUUCUAGGGUUUUAGAAACGGCGCCACAACAACAGCAAGUUAUGCCACCACAGCCGGACGAGGAGCAACCAUUCAAUAAUAUGGACUCCGCCAUUAACUGGUGA